AUGGCAAGCUUUUCCACCCUCCGGGGUUCAGCUGAGUGGGUGAAGGAGGAGGUUGCGGCCUUGUUGAGGAGAGAUCCCACAAUUCCUUACAAGGUGGCGACGACGAUAGCUUAUGAGCUAUUUGGGUUUCCUUACAUCAUCCUUCCUGAGGUUCCAGCCAUCGUCACCUCCAGAAGCUGUGGGGGAUGCCAACAUGGACGGAGCAUGUACAACAACAUGCACCAUCCAAGCAAGCUGACUCCUGGUUACGACUUUUACCUCUUCAAAGAAAAUAUUGAGCCAAAGUGGGAGGAUCCUGUUUGUGCUACUGGAGGGAAAUGGACUAUGACAUUUUCUAAUGGGGAAUCGGAUCGUUCUUGGAUGGAUAUGUUGCAAGCACUAGUCAAGGAAGAGUUUAAACAUCGAGAUGAAAUUUGUGGAGCAGUUGUGAAUGUCAGGAAUGGGCAAGAAAGCAUUGCUCUUUGGACCAAAAAUGCUACAAAUGAGGCUGCUCAGGUGAGUAUUGGCAAACAAUGGAAGGGCUUUCUGGAUAGCAAGGAAACUAUAGUCUUCACAAUUCAUGAUGAUGCUAGCCAAGUGGGGAGCACUGCCACGAAUUUGUACACAGUUUGA